CCCCCGUUGCCACACCUUCCCUGUUCCCGGCCCCUCUCCCCUGCCUUUGCUACUGUUCCUGUCUCGUCAACUUCCAGGCCGAGCCUCCCGCCUUCUUUGUGCGCGUGUGCGCGCGCACCCCCUCCCUCCGGCUACCAAUGCACCCGGACUACUGUGUCCAGCUGUCAGUGUCGUCAUCGGUACCGGCAGCCGCCCGAUGCCGGUACCCUCUUCACAGUGCCAUCUGGGACAACAAUGUGACGGCACUCCGGUCGAUGAUCACCCUGCUUCGUGUCCGCGGCGUCAAGCCCCAAGACCCGGGGGGGAUCGACGAGCCCGAUCUCCGUGGGUAUACCCCCCUGCACCUGUGUGUUCUCUUGCCCGAUCGGGAGGAGUGUCUCUUUGCCCUGUUCAGCCAGAGCAGCCCGGAGACCCGGGUCAAAUGUCCGGACGGCUGGUCCCCCCUUAGCGAGGCCAUUUGCCAGGAUAAUGUCAAUGCUUUGAGUCGAAUUCUGGAGCACCGCUUCAAGAAGAUCGGCGGCCGGUCGAUGCCGAUCUCGCCGGCCAUCCGGAAUCUCAUCAGCCAAAUGUCCGACAUCCCGGACUUCACCGUGGAGAUCGACUGGCUCCUCAAGACCCACGUGCCGCUGCUUGGCCGCCUGACGCCGCGCGAUACCCUGCGCCUGACGAAGAUCGGUUCGGCCCUGCGCAUUGACAUGACAGCCAUCGGGUUGAAUGUGUCGGCCAGCAACAUCAUUUCCGGCGAUUCGGUUGAGCGGGGCAAUGUGAGUCUCUUCAUCUUGGGCAAUUGCGACGAUUCGGUGCUGGACAGUGACAAUCCGAUUGUCAUUGCCCAUUGCGACACGUCCAUUUGCUUGAGGUCGCAAUUCAGCAAUUCCAUCGUCUUUGUGGAUCAUGACAAGCAAAUCAUCACCCGGCUGCCGGAUUUCGAGGACCUCGAGCGGGACCGGCUCCGAAACAACAACAUCUUCAGCACGAACCUCCGGCGGCUGCGGGGGAAGAAGCGCACCUGCACGCGGGUCCUGCUGAACCAGUGGACCUGUGUGGAGCGCCCCCCGCGAGUGGGCAUGGCCAGCCGGAUUGGCGGGUGGUUUCGUGGGUUCCGUGGGGCCGGCGGCCGAGUGGUGGUCGGGCCGGCCAGCGACGCCGAGCCGCAUUAUGUCCUGCAAAAUGGCUUCCCCUGUCGGGUGUAUGACAUCUCGGGGAUUCUUUUCGAGCGCACGGUCCGCCGCCUAGACGUGCCACUUGACCGCGGGUCGGCCGGUCGAAAGGAUGCCACGGCGUCGGCCGUCACCGGCGCUGUGUCGCCAACCGCCGCCGUCACCGCCGCCGUCACCGCCGCCGCCACCUCGGCUCACCAGUCUGACGGGAUAGAUCCCUCGGGGGACAUUGAGGAUGACGAUUCGGCUCCUGGGGACAUGAGCCAAGAUGACGCGGACCUGGGCUUCGACGACUCGGACUCCGACGAUGAGAAUUUCGUCGAGGCGGUUGAAGGCCCGGCCGGGGGGCUGGCGGCCAUGCCGCUGGCCGACGGGCAGGCCGCCUCGCCGGGGUACUACUUCGAUCCGGCGCUGCCGCCCCUGCGCCCGGAGAAUCUGACCGGCAAGCGGCGUGUGCAGCAGGUCCGGUCCUUCUCGCUGAACCUCUCGAUCUCCUCGAGCACCGAGUUCCCCCUGCAGAUUGAGCAUCUUGUGCCGGUGAUCCGGGCCUUGCGCUCCUCCUUCACAGUCUUCCACCACGUGGCGGCGGUCUUCGGCGUGACGGACUCGCCCCCGGGGCCGGAGAGUCAUCUUCCGGCUGUCGGCGGUGCGGCCCCGGCCUCGGCGCGGCUCCCGCCUGGCUUCCCGGUUCGCAUUGAGGUGCCCUUCUUCAAGAUCGCGCAGCUGGUGGUGGAUUUCGGCCGGGCCACGGUAUUUGACGCGGCCGGCCUGUCGUCCUCGAUGGGGGGAUCCCCCGCCGGCAGUUUGCCGGACACUGGCGCCGGGCCGGCUCAAGCAACUCCCCCCGGGCUCGAGGGGGCCUCUCUGCCGACGACUUCGCAGCUGGACUCGGUCUUCGAGCCGAAUGGCCCGAUGGCCGAGGUGGCCGGGGCCGCCGGGGCAUGCGCGUCACCGGAAGGUCACUCAGCCUCCGGCGCGGUGUCCCCCCCUGCCGGGUCCCAGGCUGAGCAGUAUGUCCAAUGCCAGGGGCUAUUCUAUUUGCCUGACUCCUAUGUGGAGGUGGAGCACCAAAGCCUCCCGCACCAGUCAUCUUGACCUGUCGGCGUGGUACUUGCCCUUGUGCCCCUGCCUUUGGGCCGCCCCUCCCCCUCGUGCGAAGGGUCUCCCCCCUCGCUCCUUGCCUUCCCCCUCCCCCUCGGGGUCUAGAUGCAGGGUGCCUGCGGAGGUGUGCAGCGAAAAAUGCAUCUCCUUGUUCCC